AUGUACGAUUAUGUGGGAGGUUGGGGUAUGUACGAUUAUGUGGGAGGUUGGGGUAUGUACGAUUAUGUGGGAGGCUGGGGUAUCUAUUAUUAUGUGGGAGGCUGGGGUAUGUACGAUUAUGUGGGAGGUUGGGGUAUGUACGAUUAUAUGGGAGGCUGGGGUAUGUACGAUUAUGUGGGAGGUUGGGGUAUGUACGAUUAUGUGGGAGGCUGGGGUAUGUACCAUUAUGUAGGAGGCUGGGGCUUGGGUAUGUACGAUUAUGUGGGAGGCUGGGGUAUGUACGAUGAUGAGGGAGGUUGGGGUAUGUACGAUUAUGUAGGAGGCUGGGGUAUCUAUGAUUAUGUGGGAGGCUGGGGUAUGUACGAUUAUGUGGGGGACUUGGGUAUCUAUGAUUAUGUGGGAGGCUGGGGUAUGUACGAUUAUGUGGGAGGUUGGGGUAUGUACGAUUAUAUGGGAGGCUGGGGUAUGUACGAUUAUGUGGGAGGUUGGGGUUGGGGUAUCUAUGAUUAUGUGGGAGGCUGGGGUAUGUACGAUUAUGUGGGAGGCUGGGGUAUGUACGAUUAUGUGGGAGGUUGGGGUAUGUACGAUUAUGUGGGAGGCUGGGGUAUGUACGAUUAUGUGGGAGGCUGGGGUAUGUACGAUUAUGUGGGAGACUGGGGUAUGUACGAUUAUGUGGGAGGUUGGGGUAUGUACGAUUAUGUGGGAGGCUGUGGUAUGUACGAUGAGGAGGGAGGCUGUGGUAUGUAUGAUUAUGUGGGAGGCUGGGGUAUGUAUGAUUAUGUGGGAGGCUGGGGUAUCUAUGAUUAUGUGGGAGACUGGGGUAUGUAUGAUUAUGUGGGAGGCUGGGGUAUCUAUGAUUAUGUGGGAGGCUGGGGUAUCUAUGAUUAUGUGGGAGGCUGGGGUAUGUACGAUUAUGUGGGAGACUGGGGUAUGUAUGAUUAUGUGGGAGGCUGGGGUAUGUACGAUUAUGUUGGAAGCUGGGGUAUGUACGAUGAGGAGGGAGGCUGUGGUAUGUAUGAUUAUGUGGGAGGCUGGGGUAUGUACGUUUAUGUUGGAAGCUGGGGUAUGUACGAUGAGGAGGGAGGCUGUGGUAUGCAAUAUACUGGUAGACCUGAUUAUUGCGAGGUUUGUACGAGAGACACGUCCAGUAAAAAGAUCUAG